UCUCCCCUUCUCUCUUCCUGUAGGAGGUGAUGCUGGUGUGGUGCCAGUCACACAUGCCCAAGGCCAUGAAGGACCAGGAAGCACAGGAGCACUGAUGAGGAGCCCCCUGACCCCUGUGUCUACUGUUAUUCCCACAGCAGCAGGGAGCUUCAACUCGAAGACCUUCACCAUCAACUUCACCAUCACCAACAUGUUUUACAAAACCAAGAUGGGUCAAAGGGGUUCCAGCACAUUCCGUGUUGCUGAAUUUGUCCUGCAGCACCUGUUCAAGGUAUUGUUUGAAAGAAGCAGCCUUGGCUCUCAGUAUUCUGGAUGCAGUGUGACCUUGCUGAGGUCUAUGAAUAAUGGGAAAGCAACAGGAGUGGAGGUUAUAUGUUCUUAUCAGGAAUUUUUCUCCAUCCCUGUCUUGGACAAGAAGAAGAUUUACCAAGAGCUGAGUCAACAGACUAAUGGAAUAACAAGGCUCGGAGGUUAUAUUCUAGAUGAGGAAAGCCUCUAUGUGGAUGCUGGUGAUGCUGUGGUGGGGCCAGUCACACCAGCCCAAGGUCAUGGAGCACCAAGACUCACAGUAGCACUGAUAAGGAGUCCCCUGACUCCUGUGUCUACUAUUAUUCCCACAGCAAGUGGGAGACCAAGACUGGAAACUUUUACUAUGAAUUUCACCAUAAACAACACUCUGUACACAGAAGAUAUGGAACAGCCAUACUCAGAGAAAUUCAGCUCUACAGAGAGAAUCCUCCAUCACCUACUCAGAGGCUUGUUCAAGAACAGUAGCCUGGCUUCUAGCUAUACUAGGCCUGUGAAGGAUGGGGAAGCCACUGGAGUGGAUGUUGUGUGUGCCCAUUAUAAAGACCCCAGCAGGCCUGUCCUGUACCACGUGAAGGUUUACUUGGAGCUGAGCAACCAGACCUAUGGCAUCAUCAGGCUCGGCCCCUACACCCUGAACAGCGACAGCCUCUUCCUCAUUGGUUAUAAUGAUAAACAUUCUGGGACCAUAAGCAGGCCCAGUAGAGCAAGCGAGGGCAGAAUGAUGACCACAGCUGGAGAAUCACAGACCAUAAUCAUUACAAUUUCCAGCCCUGCAGUAAUAACACACUCUGUUCUGGCAACAACAGCAGCCCCGACCACUGCCUGUGCUAUCGACUUGGAAAAAAUCACUGUGCCUGCUUCCUCUGCCUUGCCAGAGCUCAUGGUAGCACCAUUUGCCUGGUCUGGAGUGGCGACCAGCCCAUCUGAAACUACGCUCAUUGCGGAAAUCUGUACCCCACUUGGGGCUGGGACAGGAGGAGGGAGCCCCAUAGGUGUCCCUUCACACCUCACUAGUCUUGACACGACAACAUCAACCACAGUCUUUCCCUGCACCAAUGUGCCCCCAGCACAGUCUACAAUGUGCUCUACAAUCAGCCUACAAUCAGCCACAACUCUUUGCCGGGUCAGUAGAGAAGAACGAAAGCCAAAGACCUCUCUGGACACAUCUGCUUCAGAGACCACAGCCAUGGCUACUGCAAGGGUAUGGCUGGCCCUGACCAAGACUCCAACCACAAUGGACAUCAGCAGAGGAGCUAAGGCUGUGGUUCUGUCCACAAGUGAUUUGCCCACCAGCUCAGCUGUCCCACUCAUUCCCACAGAUAAAGUAUCCACCCAGACCACCAUGACCACUAUUGCAGACACUGGUAAGAAUAGUUCCUUCAUUAUCUUCCCUGCUGGAACAUGGGGUUAUAUUUUAGUGAAAAAUAGAGAGUAAAACAGUCACCACAGUUAUGGUUUCUGAGUCUGACAUGUCCAAGGAGGAGGUCAACCUUGUCCUUUUUCCCUUAAUGACUCAUGAAGGGUGUGUGAUGCAGUAGUAAGAGCAGGCAUUCAUGUCAGAGGACCUGGGUUCAAAUCUUAGAUCUGAUAUUUUCUACCCAUAUGGGGAAGAUUGAUCAGGAAAGACAGAUAAUAAGGAUGGAGCUUUUGCAGGAUGGAGAAGAUAAGCCUUUGUUUGGAAUUGUGACUACACACCCAUUUGGCAGUUGUGGACAAAACACCUCCUGGUACUUUGUAGAUAGGAUUGAGAACAUGCC